CGGUGCGGCGGCGGAAGAUCAGCGAACGCUGGUGUGAACAUGGCGGAGACCGUACGCUCGCUCUUCGACUACCGGGAGGCUCACAGUCUGGACAGCGAUGGAGAAGGCAUGAAACCGGCACCGCCACUGCGGGGGCGUGGCUGUGGAAGGAAAAGGAAAGGGACACCUGUGAAAGUCUUUGUUACUCACGCUGAGGAGGAGAGUGUUGCUGAACACAGCCUCAGUCAAGGUGAUCGCAAAGAAGCAGCAGAGAAUAAACGUCCCACACUCGAUGGACCUUUCUACAACACAGAAAAUGUGCCACUCGUCUGUGGUCCAUCAGAGCAGACUCAUGGCAAAGUCACAUCAGGAUCCAAGACAAGCUCAUGCUCAGCCUCUACACCCACUGCUCCUAGUUCCUCUGCUCCAACCCCAACUCCACUUCCAGCUCCUGCCCCGACCACGGUGACAUCAUCCCAGGCUCGGUCUCUGACUCCUGCGUCCACUGCUCCAGCUGCCCCGACAGCAUCUGCCCCUGCCCCCACGGCCAGCUCCUUCCCUCCCUCCCCGAACUGCCGUAUCCGAGAGGUCCACUGUGGCAGCCAGGUGAGGCUAGUGGUCAUCGCCAUCCGAGACAUCACCAAGGGUGAGGAGAUCACUGUGGACUACAGCCUGACAGAGUGGGGAGAGAACCUGGGUUUCCGAGGUACUGUGUCUCCAGUUCAUCAUGACUGUAACUCUGACACUGAGACGGGAAAUAAUAUCAAAAAGGAGGAUGAGCCUCUCCCUCUGACAGCCCAGCAGCAGCAACGGCAACACCAACAGCAGCGACAGCAGCAGCAGGAGUAUGUCACUCCCUCCUGGUCCCUCUCCCCCUCCUCCUCCCCCAUUUCUCACUCUGACGCCAGUGACUCAGAUGCUGGAGAUGAGGACAACACUAGCCCCCGUGGGCGCGCGCUACGCCGACGCAAAAAACGCCGUGGAACCCCUUCAAAGAAAAAGACCCCCCAUCGGACCCCACCUGGGCGUCCAACACCUGUCCCCUCUGCAGGCAUUUCUCAUCCAAGCCGUUUGCUUUCUUCAUCCCACCCUUCGUCACAGUCCCCCCCUCCUUGCUCUUCAUCCUCCUCUUCUACAGCGAAGCCUGUGUUUAAAGCUCCGGCUCCUCUGGGUGCUAACAACACAAGCAGUAUGAACAUAAACACUCAAAGAGUAGGUGUGUCCAUUGACUCUAUGCGUCAAACAUGUGAGUACUGUGGACGCCACUUCCGCUCUUUGGGCCGGCACUUAGACAAACACCACGCCCACCAACCAGAGGUGUGCUCCGCCCUUGUAGAGCGCUACACACAGAUGCCCCGCCUGCACGCACAGAACACACACCCUCCCACUGCUAACACACACUCUCAUCAGCACUCAAAGUCAUCUCAUGCUGCGGGACACGGCAGCGUCCAGGACCUCUCCCUGUCUCCGCCCACUCUAACAGCAGCAAGCCAGUCCCCUUCAUCCUCUAGCAGAAACCCCACCCCUCCAGUGCUGACUCCUCCUCGAGGACAGAACGCCGUACCGGUUUCUGUGUUAAAGAGGAGCCCACCUCCUGUGACGGUGUCACAGUCCAGGAAGGGAGGGGUGAAGAGGUUUAAGAAAGAAAGGGCAGAGGAGGAGGAGGAAGAGGAGGAGGAAGAGGAGGAAGAUGAAGAAGAUGUGGAGGUGGUGGAGGUGAAGAGGCACAAAGAGGAGGAGGAUGUUGAUGUGGUGACCCCACAGUCCUUCAGGUCAAAUAAAGACAUGGUGCCACCAAAAGCAGAGGACGAUGAGGAGGAUGAGGAAGAGGAGGAGGAGGAGAAUGGAGUGAUGGAGGUGGAAGAUGAAAGUGGGGGUGAAGACAAGGAAAAGGACUUGUUAAGUGGAUCAGGGCGUCACCACUUGCUGCCUCUCCUCUCGUCCCUGUCUUCUCUUGUUCUGUACCUCCGUCGGCUGCAGCACUCAGCCUUCCUGUCUCUGUCUCGGCAACUUCAGUCAGCCGAGGCCUGGCGUCUUCUCUGCCACUCUAGCCUCGCCCUCCUUAUCCUCUACAACCGAAGACGUGAAUGCGAAGUCUCUAAGCUGUCCAUCGCUGAAUAUCGAGCUCGUGUCACUCCCCAGUGUCCCGUUCCUGUCCCUCCUGGUGCCCCUCCAGCUCUAACCCCUCUGGAGGCCUCCCUGUCCCCCUUUGAGCGCCUUGUGCUUCCCCACCUUCCAAGGGUAGGGGUUCAGGGUAAACGUGGACGAGUCCAGCCCCUUAUCCUCCCCCCUCACUGCGAGCCCUGCCUGGAGCUUCUCCUGCAAACGCGGCAUGAUGUUGGUGUGGACCCUGCAAAUCCGUACGUCUUCGCCCGGCCCUACCACUCCCCUGCCACCCCACUGCGAGGCACCGACCUCCUUCGCAGUCUGGCUCGCUCAAGUGGCACCCGCAAUCCCCGCGCCCUUACCCAGACUAGAGUCCGACGACAAGUAGCUAUUUUGACCCAGCUGCUGCUGUUGGGAGAGGGAGAGGAACCCAGGCAGCCUGGAGGCAGCGCGGUGGAGAGACUGGAGCACUUCCUGGAGAGGGAGUACCAUGUCACGCAGAACUGUGCCGGGAUUGGCCAAGACCCGGGGCUGAUGGGCAGAGUGGGCCGGGUCGUGCUUUGCGGAGAGAGAGAUGGGGUGCUGUUCAGAGGAAUGAGCCUGAACCACAUCUGCCUGGAGCUGGAUGUCAUGUCUGGGAACUCUGCAGACUCAUACUCAGAGGGGGACUCUGAGGGUGAGCAGGUGAAAGAGAAGUGUGAGCCACCUAACACCGCACCUGCUACGACCCCUACACCAACCCUGCUGUACGUGAGGAAAGGCAAGAACAACGGGAGGGUAGGACGACCCAAAAAGUUCAAGAACACCCAGCCGCCCCCUCCACCACCUCCUCCACCUCCACCUGCAAACCGCAGGAGAGGCUCAGGUCAGCCAUCAUCAGGAAAGCGAGGCGUCCUUAAGCGACCCUGGUCCGAGGCGGAGCGUGCAGCAGUCGAGGAGCACCUGACCCAAAACAUCACAGAGCUGCGAGUCCCCGCCAAGGCUGACUGUGAGCGCUGCCUGCAGAAGUGCCCCCUGCUGGUCAACAACCAUCGCGACUGGAGAGCCAUCAAGUUCUACUGCCACAACCGCAUCCAGCUGCUGAAGAAAAACCAGCGGCGUGAGAGUCAGCCCCAGCCCCUUACUGUCUGCUGAGAGGAAGGGAAGGGUAGUGUUAAUGGUACUGUGUCCAGGAAAUGCACUAACUUUGAGGGAUCGGUCCUAAAUUUCACUUUACUCUUCUUUGGCAUAGCUGACACUAAUGGCGUUCUCAUUCUUAGCCAUACAGGAACAGAGGUUUUCUUUUUUGCUGCUCUCUUUUAAGGUCUUAAAAUGACACUAGAGUCCUUAUGGUGCUCCUGGUUUGAGGGUUACUGCUCAGUCUUGUUGAAAACAGUGUACUUGGACGGGUCAGUCUGAAACACACCUUUGGGGACUUUGACCAUGGCUAUCGCUGUAGCCUGUGCUGUCUUGUAUAUGGACAUUUUUUCCUCUCCUUCCAAAAUGGACACACUAAACUGAAAAGUAAACAGGGGACACAGUUGAGCCCUUCAGUGUUGUUACAUGAACGUCGUGAAGUAGCAUUAGUGUUUACGCACUUGGGGACGUUAAUGGGACAAAUGGCCUGAGUGUGGGCUGCACUUUUCUAACUAGUGGUUAUAUACAAGUAGAGUAGGAUUAACUACUACUAACCGUAGAAGAAUGGCAAGAUUUUGCCUCAAACAAGCUAGUUCUUUUCAUAUUGCUAACUGUGCAAUUCAGACUAUAGUUUCAUUAUUUUUGGACCUUAAUUUACAUGUAAGGUACUAGUCGACUGAAUGACUAACUCUCUUUGCAGUGACUAUGAAGUUUUGUUUAAUUAAAUGUAACCCAACAUAAUGAUGGAGAUAAUCUUCCAGAGUGGGAGGUGUAGGUUUCAUGAGAGACAAUUAAAUGGCCUCUGAAUGUUGUGAAUCUACCUUUGAAUACCUAAGAUGUUUAGUUAAUCAACAAAAUCAAGACACAAGAAAACAGUUCUGAAAACUGGUUAACUCAAAAUCUCAAGAUACCAUAUCCCCCAGACUAAUGAUGUGUUCUUGUUUCCUCAUUGUUUGUCGUUUUUUUUUUAUUUUUACUUUUAAGCCUGGUGCACUUUCGUUUUCUGUCAUCAGUGAAAGCCCUGCCCCAGGUCUAUAAGCUGGAUAUCACUUUAUAUGUGGAGAGGAGACUUUCCUGUGUUGUGUUAAAAGUUUCUUAAAAAGUGGGCAUUUAUCAGAGAAGUGAUUGUUCUGUGUUUUCAUGUUGUCUGUGUUGUUGUUCUAUUCCCACAUGGCUAGAGCUCCUCUUGUCCUUUCCCCUUUCAACCACACUACACAGUUUGCAGCUCGACCAAAUUUCUGGUCUCUUCUCAGUGUUACUGGAAAUCUGCGUUUAUUGGACUAAAAUCCUCCAUAUAAACCUCAAGACAGAUACUUGAAGUAAAUGAAACCUUUUUUGGUCCUUCAUCUUUUGUUCUUUCUUGCUCUAGCCUUGCCAGUUACAUUGUACAUAGAACAAAUAUAUUAUCAUUAUGCUAACUGGUUGUUUGUGCUAGACUAUAUGUAGCUUUUUUUUCCAUUUCUGAGUUCUUGCUAUCUGUACAUAAGCCUGUUUGUAAAUACUCUUCAAAGAAACAAAGAAAAAAACAAAAUGUAAGACAUGCCUUGGUUAUUGUGUUAUGUUUUUUUUUUAUAAGUCUUAUAAAAAUUUAAACUCC